UUCUGGUUCCAAUCUGUUUUGCAUUGCCAGUGAGUGAACAAACAGAUUAAAAACUUCAUUCUGUCACUUGAAAAAUUUGAAAAAAUGGCCAGUAAAUGUCGUCAAAACUAUCACGGAGAGACCGAAGCUCUCGUCAACAAACAGAUCAACAUCGAGCAGAGUCUUUACUAUCAAUACUUGGCCCUGAGCGCCUUUUACGAUCGCGAUGACGUAGCCAUGAUCGGCUACUCUAAAUACUUUCAAGAGUCAGCUGAAGAAGAAAGUGGCCAUGUUCGGAAGCUCAUCAAGUACCAGAAUCGUCGAGGAGGACGAGUAGUUUUCACUGGGGUGGCUUCUCCCGCCGAGCAGGAAUGGGCCUCCCCUUUGGCUGCCAUCGAGUUUGCACUCAAUCUGGAAAAGAAAGUCAAUCAGUCGCUGCUGGAUUUGCACGCCAUGGGUAGCAAGCACAGCGAUCCUCAUCUGUGCGACUUUCUGGAUGACCACUUUCUCAAGGAUCAGGUGGAGACUAUCAACAAGCUGGCCAAGCAUCAGACCAAUUUGAUCCGACUGGGUGGGGGUGGCGUUGGCUUGUUCAUCUUCGACAAGGAACUGCGCUCUUAAUUCGAAUACUAAUAGGAACUUAUACGGACUAAUGACUGGGAAAACCGAAGGGGGAGAUCAAAAUAUUUAGGUUGUUUUGUUUUAACAUGAAAAUAAACAAGAGCAAAAUACCCAUCAAAGGCGA